AUGUCACAAUAUCUGGCCCGGAUCCGUGAAGCCGUCAAUCAAAUCUGCUCCGAGUUUCCCAACACAUACUGGCAAGAACGCGACCAAACAGAGAAGGAUCCCAAAGAGUUCCACGCUGCCCUCGCAAAAGAUGGCUGGCUCGGUAUUGCCCUGCCAGAAUCGCUGGGUGGCUCCGGCCUUGGAAUUUCGGAGGCAACGAUGAUGAUGCAGACCAUCACCGAGUCCGGCGCAGGCAUGGCCGGCGCCCAGUCCAUCCACGCCAACGUCUACGCGACGCAGCCGCUUGCCAAGUUUGGGACUCAGGAACAACUCGAGAGCACAAUUCCCAACAUCAUCUCCGGCAAAUGGAGGGCUUGUUUUGGGGUCACGGAGCCCAACGCUGGUCUCGACACCCUGCGCCUCUCCACCGCAGCGAAGAAGCAAUCAGACGGCUCGUACCUAGUCACCGGCCAGAAGAUCUGGAUCACCUGCGCGCAAGUCGCAUCCAAAAUGAUUCUGCUCGCGCGCACAAAGGCCUUCGAGGACUGUAAGAAGCCGAGCGAAGGUCUCUCACUCUUCUGCAUCGACCUGGACCGCUCUCAGCCUGGGCUGGACAUGCGCAAGAUCAAGAAGAUGGGCGGCCGUGCCGUCGACGCCAACGAGGUCUUCUUCGACAACUACGCCAUCCCCGCUUCCAGCCUGAUUGGCCAGGAGGGUCAGGGAUUCAAGAUUAUCCUCCACGGCAUGAACGCUGAGCGCUGUCUGCUUGCCGGUGAAGCGUUGGGACUAGGCUACGCCGCGAUAACCAAGGCCGCGGAGUAUGCCCGGGACAGAGUGGUCUUCAAGAGGCCGAUCGGACAGAACCAGGCCAUCGCGCAUCCGCUCGCCGAUGCGUACAUGCGGUUGGAGGCUGCGAAGCUAGCCACUUACCACGCAGCAAGACUGUAUGACGCCAGCAAGGAGGACGCGUCCAUUCGUCAGGAUGCAGUUGGAGUGGCUUGCAACAGCGCCAAAUACAUGGCUGCAGAAGCUGCCUUCACAGCUUGCGAGAGAGCUGUUCUUACACACGGAGGUAUGGGCUACGCAGCCGAGUACGAUGUGGAGAGGUAUUUCAGAGAGUGCCUGGUUCCUCGUAUUGCACCUGUGAGUCGAGAGAUGAUUCUGAACUAUAUUGGAGAGAAGGUCCUUCAGUUGCCUCGUAGUUACUAG